GUCAUCGAGAUUGAUCCAUCAAACUUCGAAAGAUUGCUCUCUGAAGGACAGUGGUUGGUCGAGUUCUAUGCACCAUGGUGCGGGUACUGCAAGCAGUUCGAACCGGCCUACGAGGAGGUGGCUUCCUCCCUCAAGACCCAAGGCUACCGAGUCGGCAGAAUCGAUGGGUCAAUGCACAAAUCUCUCGCAGCUCGAUUCGCGAUCCAAGGCUUCCCCACAAUCUUCUACAUUCAUGGCCAGAAGAUCCGCAAGUAUUCUGGAGAAAGGAGCUGGGAGGCCCUGGUGAAGUUC